UGCCAGGAAGUGAGUCAGAGCGGCUGGGGGAGAGCGAACACUCGAGAGCGAGAGAGAGUCACUUUAAUUGUUAUUGUCUCCGUGUAUCUCGACUGCGUUAGGUAGUGAAGCCGCUGGACGGCCUUCUCCCCGAAGUCCUGGAGCAGUGCUUAAUCCGGAGGGACAAUUCCCACCGACUGACGCGCUGAACGGAACAGGUCCGUCGUUAGAGGCGCACGCACGGCCGAGUCACCACCAGUGCCGCCGCCGCGUCUCCCUGCUCUUCUGCUGGGCUCGGCGCGGCGCACUAAUUAUAUGGGUUGUACUCGGUUUUAAUUGCAGCCCUUCCCUACCAGCAGCGGAGAAGGCGAGACGUACACAAAGGGAGAGCUAAGCGAAGCGAAGAUGAACGAGGAGCAGAGCAGUGGCCGAAAACGGACAGUUAAGCAAGAUGAAGAAGAGUUUGAGAUUUCAGUCCCUUUUGAAGAGAACAACUUUGAACAGCCUGUUUACUACAAUCAGACCGACAGCACUUUUGACGAAGUUCAAGAGCAGCCAUCCAACAACUCCUACCUCCUGAUCACCAACUUAAAAACACAGCUGCAGAUCUCUCUGGAAAAGAAUUCGUGGCUUCAGAAAAGGAUUGAAGAUCUAGAAGAAGAAAGAGACUUCUUGAGGUGUCAGCUGGAUCGCUUUAUCUUCUCCACCAAAGGAGAACAAGAUGGAGACUCUAGACUGUAUAGCUGGGAGAGACGCCGGGACAGUGAUCAUCAUUCUAGGAACUCACGCCCCAAUACGGGCCUUUUCCCACGACGAGCCUCCUCCUCUGCGGGGCAACAUGUUUCUCAGACUCAACAACCUGUCAAACAGCAACAGCUAACCAAUCAGACUCACCACAACUCCCAUCAUACUGUUUCUCAGUCUCAUCAUUCAUACCAGCAAUCGUCCAACCCAUUAAAUCAGCUUAAUUCAGUCAGCCAGCAGCAGAAUCACCACAGCCAGCUGCCAGGAUUGCAAGGUUUGGAACGAGAAGGACUAGGAAACCUUGGAAUUGGCAUGAUUGGAGACGAGGAGCUUCUGGAAGAAGAGGAUGGAAUCUUGGAAGAAGAGGAGGUGGUCUCUGGUGAAGAAGUAAUGUCAGAUAGUGGGAUAAUGAAACGAUCUGGUAGUGGAAAUGCCCGAAGUGGAGUAAUUUCACGGUCUUCACAAGGUAUUAAUCGCAGAAGGGUGAUCAGGAUAUCGAGAGGAAGAGAGCGGCAAAGAGUCAAAGACGCUGCUGGAGUUCUGUAUCGAUACAAAAAGAUCCUGCUCACCUACCAGAAGCUGAAAAACAUGACCAAGGCCUUUCAGUAUCAUGGUGUGGAUCGAAAUACUGUGGCCUCAACCACUCCCAUUGCUGAGCUGUUACUUGUAGCCCCAGAGAAGCUGGCAGAAGUUGGUGAAUUUGAUCCUGCCAAAGAGCGUCUCUUGGACUAUGCACGGAGAUGUUACGUGGCCCUGGAUGAAGAGACAUUACACAAGGUGCAGGCCCUAAAAAAGAACAACCUGCUGCUGCCCAUUUCCUAUCGGUUCAAGUGCUAGACUUGAGUAAUUGGUCAGGUGGGGAUGGGUGUGAAAGAGGAAAGCAAGAAGAAAUGAGACGAGCAUGUUGCCCAAUUGGAACCCCGAGUCAGAUCAGCAGUGAAGUAGAAGUCCGGGUAUUCUGCACAAUGCACUCCAAUUUUGAUGUGAGGGUCGGAGCUGUUUUCACUUGUCAGGAUUCACGUGGGAUAAAUUUGGUGAGCAGGCAUUUUUCUCCACUUCCCCUUUGGGAAGUUUUUCUGAGACGCUGCUCAACAGCUAAGAGAGGUUUUGAUUGACUGGGCAUUAUACAUUUACGCUUCCCCCUUCAGUCCUGUUUCUGCUUUGGUGUGGAGGUGGGAAGAAAUGGAACAUCAGGUAAAGUCCCCUCUGUCACACUUCACAGCAGCAUGUCAUGCUAAGACCCGACUCCCAUGCUUUUUUUUGUCCGUUUUGUUCUCUUUUUAAGUAUUUGAAUAUAAAAUAUUGUAUUGGCUCAGAAGAACAGCUUUUUCCAAAGUUAUCAGUUAGUAUUAAAUGACCAUCACGUGUUUUGCUUCUACCACAUUUAUUUGGAAAAAUGUAAAACUCAAAAACGGUUUCUGAGGAUCGAGGGAUCGUGAUUGACACAGUAACAAGGGGGACUCUCACAGGGUAAUAUUCCCCACCCAGCUUCGGCUCCUCCGUGUCCUUCAGGGUCGUCACGAUUCACAACGAGAUGAUACUGAAAGGCAGCUGCUGGACUACACUGCAACGAGGCCCAUCCAAAUCCAGCCUCGAAGAAGACGGCCCUCCGGUCUGGGGUGUGACUAAAAAAAAAAAAAAAUCGAGAUGGCUUAAUUGGGGCAAACUGGAACAAGAGACGAGAAUGAUGCCCUAUUGAAUUUUUGUACAUAGAAUGGUGAGACGACAUGGGUAAAUAAUUAUAAAUUUUAAUGUUUAGUUUUUAUUGUCUUGCAGUCUACUUGAUUGUUGAACUUUUUGAUAGGCAUUUGCAACGUGUUUUGUUUGAUCUGGAAACCGAGUGGAGUUAACCAUGAUCAGCGUGAUCUUUCAUACUCCUGCUUGAGAGCAGGUGAAAGUGUGGGCUUCUCCUCCACACCUGCCUCUGAAACGAAAAGCGUUUAGUGGCUUUGUAGUGACGAGAAUAAGUGCUGAUCCUUCAGCUAGUAUGGCCGAUGGGCCCGGUGGCUACAGUGCUCUUUGAGCCAGGAAUGACUGGACAGUGACGUGUGAAGUUUCCAGUGCUUUUUAUUUUUCUUUUCCUUUUCUAAAAAGAGUGCGACAAUCAAGUGCAGAACGUGACACUAAGUAUCGACUCUUCACGAGGUGUGACUCGUGGUCUAUGGUUGAUUUAAUGCUGAUUAUUUUGUAAUCCCAGUUUAAUAUUUAAAAUAAAAGUACAGAGUUCACAGAACCAAAA